AGGUGUUACCACCAUUUCUAAUCCGCCUGGCCUUGCCCAGCAGCACAUCCAUCUCUGGAGUCGCCUGGAAUUGGCUCUGCUGGACAUAGAAGAACCCUUUCUGUUCUUUCAUCAGGCUGACUUUGAUGGUGCUGCAGAAGAUGUAAAAAAAUUAAAAACAAGACCAACUGAUGAAGAACUGAAGGAACUAUAUGGAUUCUACAAACAGGCUACUGUUGGAGAUAUUAAUAUUGAAUGUCCAGGAAUGCUAGAUUUGAAAGGCAAAGCCAAAUGGGAGGCAUGGAACCUGAAAAAAGGUUUAUCAAAGGAGGAUGCCAUGAAUGCCUAUAUCUCUAAAGCAAGAGCAAUGGUAGAAAAAUAUGGGAUCUAGACUAUUCAAAAUAAUUUCCACUAAUACUUAACUCUUCAGUAGCUAAUGAACUAACUCUGUUGAGAAAAAUGCAAUACUAACUCCUUAUUGUGAGGUCUGACACUAAUAUCUUUUAAGAAUAAGCUGUUUGACUGUAAAGGGUAUUUACAUAUAUAACCUAUUUUUAGCUUGUAUAUUAAUCUAAAUAAAUUUGAAUUGAAUAAAUGAA